AUGAGAAACCACACAGCAAUAACAACCUUCAUCCUCCUGGGAUUAACAGAUGACCCACAACUGCAGAUUCUGAUUUUCAUAUUUCUAUUCAUCUCUUACAUGCUGAGUGUAACUGGAAACCUGAUCAUCAUCGUCCUCGUAUUAGUGAAUUCCCACCUUAAAACUGCAAUGUACUAUUUUCUCCAGAAUUUUUCCUUCUUAGAAAUUUCAUUCACUUCUGCCUGCAUUCCUAGAUACUUGUACAGUCUAUCAACAGGCGAUAGGAACUUUUCGUACAAUGGGUGUCUAAGCCAGCUAUUUUUGAUAGACUUAUUUGCAGUAACAGGGUUUUUCCUCCUGACCAUCAUGUCCUAUGAUCGGUAUGUGGCCAUCUGCAAACCCCUGCACUAUGUGACCAUCAUGAACCGCAGGGUCUGCCAAAUGCUUGUCUUCUGCUGUUGGAUGAUGACUUUGUUGCUUAUAUCCCCACUGUUCAUUAUGUUUUUGGGUCUGGAUUUCUGUGACUCUAAUGUUAUUGACCACUUUGCCUGUGAUGCUAAUCCUCUGCUGAAGAUCUCAUGCUCAGAUACUUGGCUCCUAGAGCAGAUGGUUGUUGUGUGUUCUGUGUUGAUCUUCCUCAUCACAUUUGCCUGUGUGAUUCUGUCCUAUGUGUAUAUCAUCAGAACAAUUCUGAGGUUCCCAUCAGCCCAGCAAAGGAUGAAGGCAUUUUCCACCUGUUCUUCCCACAUGAUUGUGAUUUUCCUUUCCUAUGGCAGCUGUAUCUUCAUCUACAUCAAACCUUCAGCAAAAGAUGACAUGACCAUGAAUAAGGGGAUUACACUCUUACCUACUUCCAUCUCCCCCAUGUUGAACCCAUUUAUUUAUACUCUGAGGAACAAACAAGUGAUACAAGCCUUUAAGGACUUGGUCACAAAAUUGUACUCCUACCAUGGAAUUAGGGCAAUGUUGAUAAAAGGUCCAAAAAAAUAA